AUGGGGAUCUCGGGGCGGUUCCUCCUCCUGGCCGUGGCGCUGGUGAUCGCCGCCGCCGCGGUGGCCGCGGAUGAGCAGGCGGCGGUGGACCUGGCGGGGCCCGGGGAGAUCGCGGCGGGCGUCAAGGAGGCCGCCGAGGCGGCCGCGCUCCGGGCGGAGCUGGCGCAGCUCAGGGAGAAGAUCUCCGUCUUAGAGUCGGACAUCGCACAGAGAUCCCAGGACCUGAAGAGCAAGGAUGAUGGCAUAGCGAAGCUGGAGAAGGACAUUGGGGAGAAGUCACAGAAGAUUGCUACUCUGCAGAGCGAGAUCACAUCUCUCCAGAAAAAAGGUUCUGUGGCUGCUGAGGAGCAGGCAGGCAAGGCCAUUGCUCGGGUUGUUGAGCUUGAGGAGCAGAUUGAGAAGCUCAAUAAAGAGAUCGAAGCACAAAGUAGCCAGAGAACAACACUUGAAGCUAGAGCUAACAAGGCUGAGAAGAAGGUGCAAGAUUUGAACUCGAAGCUUGAGUCACUUCAAAAGGCAAGUGGCGAGCAAAAGCGUAUGAUCCAGAAAACGGAGCGUGCUCUUAAAGUUGCUGAGGAGGAAUUGAUGAGGCUGCAAUUAGAAGCAACAACGAAGGCAAAACAGCUGACAGAGGUACAUGGAGCAUGGCUGCCACCUUGGUUGGUGACACAUUCUGCCCAAUAUUUGGAGGUGGUCUCAGGUCACUGGAAUGAGCAUGGAAAACCUGCCAUGGACAUCUUUUUGCAGAAGGCAUCAGAAAAAUCAGCACACGCAAAGAAAUGGGCUGAACCACAUAUCGAGACCGCGAAGCUGAAAUUGGUUCCUGUUAAGGAGAAACUGGCUGUGCUAAAGAAAAACGCAGAACCUUACGUGGAGAAGGCGUCAGCAAAAUCAGUGGAAGUUUAUGAAGCAUCCAGGGAUGCUAUUACACCCCACUUUGUAAAAUUUAAAGAAGUUUCUGAUCCCUACUUCCAGGAAGCUAAGAAGAUCUCUAAACCUUACAUUGAUCAAGUUGCUGAGGUCACGAAGCCACAUGUUGAGAAAGUUAGGAGUACUCUUAAGCCUUACACUAAAAGAGCAGUUCAUGUGUAUGGAACAUUUCUCGAGUCUGCAACCACAUACCAUCGACAGGCUCAAGCAACCAUUUCAGAUUACUUGCACCAACAUGAAAUAACAAAAUCACUUGUGACUAAGGAGUUGGUUUGGUUCCUGGCUUCUGCUUUGCUGGCUCUACCUGUGUUUAUUAUGUACAGGCUUCUAGUAGAUACCUUCUGCACGAAGAAGCAGAAGAGAUCGCCUCUUAAUGGUAACGGAAACAAUGGCAAUAGGAGACACAAGCGCCGACAUGCUGAGAAGUAA